GGUGUUGUCUCUCACUGGACCAGGGAGUCGAGCGUCUCCAAGUUUCCACAGCUUCUUCAUCUUUAAACGAUAUUCGUUUGCUGUUUGGCGAUAGCAAUAACAGUUCUUUCUUUUUUCAGCAAAACAGAAGAACUACGGAAAAUAAGAGGGGAGUUGAGAGAAGGAAUAAAUUUGUGUUCUUGUUGAUUUUCGAAGCUAACCCAUUUGGAAACCCUGAUAUUUUUUGGGGUUUAAAGAUGAAGCUUCGGAGGUCAUUGCUGAGGUUUUUUCUAGGGUUUCUGCUACUGUCCUUCGCCCCCUCGUCAAUGGGGAGAUUCGUGGUGGAGAAGAACAGCUUGAGGGUGACCUCGCCGGACAAAAUCAAAGGUACAUAUGACAGUGCGAUCGGGAACUUUGGGAUUCCUCAGUAUGGAGGUAGCAUGGCUGGGACUGUUGUGUACCCUAAGGAUAACCAGAAGGCUUGUAAAGAGUUCGAUGACUUUGGCCUCUCCUUCAAAUCGAGGCCUGGAGCUCUUCCCACAAUCCUUUUACUCGAUCGUGGAAAUUGCUUCUUUGCUUUGAAGGUCUGGAAUGCUCAAAAGGCAGGAGCUUCUGCAGUUCUUGUGGCGGAUGAUGUUGAGGAACCCUUAAUAACAAUGGACACACCUGAAGAGGAUGUGUCAUCUGCAAAAUACAUAGAGAAUAUUACAAUACCCUCUGCUCUCAUUGAGAAAAGUUUCGGUGAAAGAUUGAAGAAAGCUAUAAGUAGUGGAGAGAUGGUCAAUGUAAAUCUUGAUUGGAGAGAGGCUGUACCUCAUCCAGAUGAUCGUGUGGAAUAUGAGCUAUGGACCAACAGCAAUGAUGAGUGUGGGGUCAAAUGUGAUAUGUUGAUGGAAUUUGUAAAGGAUUUCAAGGGUGCAGCGCAGAUACUAGAGAAGGGUGGUUACACUCAGUUUACUCCGCAUUAUAUAACUUGGUACUGUCCUCAGGCAUUCACUCUAAGCAAGCAGUGCAAGUCCCAGUGCAUAAAUCAUGGAAGAUAUUGCGCCCCUGAUCCAGAGCAGGACUUCAGCACAGGUUAUGACGGGAAAGAUGUGGUUAUUGAGAAUUUAAGGCAGUUAUGUGUCUUCAAAGUGGCAAAUGAAUCUAAAAAGCCCUGGGUUUGGUGGGACUAUGUGACUGAUUUUCAAAUAAGAUGCCCCAUGAAGGAAAAGAAAUACAAUAAGGAAUGUGCAGAUGCUGUUAUUAAGUCACUCGGUCUUGAUAAUAACAAGAUUGAAAGUUGCAUGGGAGAUCCAGACGCUGAUUCUGAAAAUCCUGUUCUGAAAGAAGAGCAAGAUGCUCAAGUUGGGAAGGGUUCGCGGGGUGAUGUUACCAUAUUGCCCACUCUUGUUGUCAAUAAUCGACAGUAUCGAGGAAAGUUGGAGAAAGGUGCUGUUCUGAAGGCUAUUUGUGCUGGUUUUGAGGAAACUACUGAACCAGCCGUUUGCUUGAGCUCAGAUGUAGAAACAAAUGAGUGCUUGGACAACAAUGGUGGUUGUUGGCAGGAUAAAGUGGCCAACAUCACUGCAUGCAAGGAUACAUUCCGUGGGCGAGUAUGUGAAUGUCCCCUUGUUGAUGGCGUGCAGUUCAAGGGAGAUGGUUAUACUAUGUGUCAAGCCAGUGGACCUGGCAGGUGCAAGAUAAACAAUGGAGGUUGUUGGCAUGAAGCCCGGAAUGGACAUGCAUUUUCUGCUUGUUCGGAUGAUGGAGAGGUUAAAUGCCAAUGUCCUCCAGGGUUUAGAGGGGAUGGUGUCAAAAGUUGUGAAGAUAUUGAUGAGUGCAGGGAGAAGAAAGCUUGUCAGUGCCCUGAAUGUAGCUGCAAGAAUACCUGGGGAAGUUAUGACUGCAGCUGUAGUGGGAAUCUUUUGUAUAUCCGAGACCAUGAUGCCUGCAUAAGCAAGACAGCAAGUGAGGGAAGAUCUGCAUGGGCAGCUUUUUGGGUCAUUUUACUUGGCUUAGCUAUUGCUGCUGGUGGGGCAUAUCUUGUGUACAAGUAUAGAAUAAGGCAAUACAUGGAUUCUGAGAUCAGGGCAAUCAUGGCACAGUAUAUGCCAUUGGACAGCCAAGCAGAAGUUCCAAAUCAUGUCAGUGAUGAAAGAGCGUGAGAAGAAUUUGUGAAUCUCCCGGGAUGUCAUGGAUGAGGCUUUUCCUAUUUCCUUUAUGAGCCCAUCCAGAAUUCUGUGCAUUGAAUUUUAUAUAUUAGCUUUAGCCGUAUCAUACAUGGACACUAGAAUAUCCCCAGAAGCUACUUGUCCUGCAUUUUUUUUUUCUUGUUGGGGAUGUAGCCUGCUUGAUACUGUAAGAACUGAAUGUUUAGGGCUGGCCACGAAAUUUCACUUGAGUCUGUAAUUUCAGAGUGUUCACUUUAUCGCACAUCUUUGCUCCAUGCAUUUGAUGCUCAGAUUGUAAUUUUUAA